AUGCAAGUAUUCUGGAGGCCUGCGAGUUCUAUUAUUCGAAAUAUAUCAAUAAACCAUUCGUUAAUGUCAAGUGACAAUAUGUUCUUUGGGCAAGAUGUCCUAAACAGAGUGUCCUUUUUGAGAGGUGAUUCAGAAUUCAUUAAGGCAGCUUAUGAGUGUCCAAAAUCCGUGUUUAUCCCCUUCAUUGACGGUGAAGCGUUGCUGGAUACCGUGCAAAAUAAAUUAUAUUUAACAUCCACCGAUGGUAACGAAGAGAUCUCUAAUGCUUUGAAGACCUUUGAGCCACUUUAUAACACUGUUGAAGGUAGACAUUUGAACUCUGGUAUAAAUGUUAUAUUUCUAGGUUUAGAUGAAAAGAAGGCUGGCAUCGUUUACAAAGAGAUAUAUAAAGGGAUUCCAUAUUUUGGUGUCGACUUUCGUUGCACUGACCAGACCAUCAUUAAACCGGAGCAGAUCAAAUCACUUAGGGAGUCGUACAAGUCGAUGUCAAUCAUGGAUAUUAUCAAUAUCACCAAUAGAGAAGCUUCACUUUACUCGCAUGCAAAGAUGUACGUAGACUGGUUAAGCAAAUAUAAUUUCUGUCCUGGUUGUGGUUCGAUUAUUUACCCAGUUCAGGCAGGGAACAAAUUAUUGUGCGGUAAUGAGCAUAAAGAUCAAAAGUGUAUUGUUAGAGAUGCCAGAGUAUCAAAUGUUUCGUUCCCACGUACCGAUACAUCUAUUAUUAUUGCCAUUACGAACUCCGAUUUUAGUAAAAUUUGCCUGACCAGGAAUAAAAGGGCAUUAAGAGACAAGAAUGGAAAAGAAAUGGCUAUGUACACCACAGUAGCCGGUUUUAUAGAACCGUCAGAGACUAUCGAGACUGCAUCUGCCAGAGAGAUAUGGGAAGAAACUGGUAUUAACUGUGAUGCUUCCAAUGUGAAGAUGGUCUUCACACAACCAUGGCCAUACCCAGUCAAUUUAAUGAUCGGCUGUGUUGGUAUGGUGAACUUUAACAAUAAAAACGAAAUGAUCAAUAUAGAUCAUGAUAAAGAAUUAUUAGAUGCACAAUGGUUCGACACUGCUGAAUUAGUAGAUGCCAUAGCAAAAUAUGAUGCUGACGGUUUUUUCGUCAAAUUUAAAGAUGAAAUGGUAAUUCCGUCUGAUUCAACCGUUGCAUUCAGAUUACUUAAAUAUGUGGCAGAACGUUACAUAAAGAAAUAG